AUGGCCAAACCAGUUUCAAUUGAAGUGUGGAACCCACAUGGGAAAUACAGAGUUGUCAGCACAAAACCCAUGCCCGGAACUCGCUGGAUAAAUCUCUUAAUUGAACAAGACUGCAGAGUUGAAAUAUGUACCCAGAAGAAAACAAUUCUGUCUGUUGAGGAUAUCAUUGCUCUGAUUGGGGAUAAGUGUGAUGGAGUUAUUGGACAGCUGACAGAAGAUUGGGGAGAGACUUUGUUCUCAGCACUUAGCAGAGCAGGAGGCAAAGCUUUCAGUAACAUGGCUGUUGGGUACAACAAUGUUGAUGUUAAUGCUGCUAACAAGUAUGGAGUUGCUGUUGGAAACACUCCUGGAGUACUUACAGAAACUACGGCGGAGCUGGCAGCUUCACUUUCUGUAUCAGCUGCUAGAAGAAUAGUUGAAGCAGAUGAAUUUAUGAGGGCUGGCUUAUAUGAUGGAUGGCUUCCUAACCUGUUUGUGGGAAACUUACUCAAAGGACAGACUGUUGGUGUGAUUGGAGCUGGUCGUAUAGGUUCUGCAUAUGCCAGAAUGAUGGUUGAAGGUUUCAAAAUGAACCUAAUUUACUAUGAUCUGUACCAGGCUACACGGCUAGAAAAGUUUGUUACAGCUUAUGCCGAGUUCCUUAAAGCCAAUGGUGAACAGCCUGUGACUUGGAAAAGAGCAGCAAGCAUGGAGGAGGUGCUUCGAGAAGCAGAUGUGAUAAGCCUUCACCCAAUUCUGGAUAAAACCACUUACCAUCUAGUCAACAAAGAAAGACUUGCAAUCAUGAAGAAGGAAGCAGUACUAGUAAACUGUAGCAGAGGGCCUGUGAUUGAUGAAGUGGCUCUUGUAGAGCAUUUGAAACAAAAUCCCAUGUUUAGAGUUGGUCUGGAUGUCUUUGAGGAUGAGCCUUACAUGAAACCUGGGCUUGCCGACUUAAAGAAUGCUAUUGUGGUACCUCACAUUGCUUCUGCUUCCAAGUGGACUCGUGAAGGAAUGGCAACACUGGCUGCUCUCAAUGUCCUGGGAAAAAUUAAAGGAUAUCCAAUUUGGUCAAAUCCAAACCAGGUAGAACCAUUCCUCAACGAGAAUGUUCCACCACCGGCCGCCAGUCCUAGCAUUGUUAAUGCCAAAGCCUUAGGUGAUGGUUUUGCUCUGUCACCAACAACCUUCAAGAGGCAGAGGAGAGGACCCAUCACCUUGGAUGGUUUUGCUCAUGCUCUUCCACAGCUUCCCAUACCAACAAGCUUUGAUGCCGUCAAAAGCACCAGUUUAAUGACUCUGUCUCUUCUUCCAUACCCUCCUCCUCCUCCAUCAUCAGUUUCUGUUGUGACCAACCAAGCAAUGGUGCCAGUUGAGUUUGAAGCUUUGCUCACCUCCAUCCACGGGGCUUCAACAAAAGGUAUAAUCGAUUGGUUUAAUGGUGCUGCAAUUUCCAAACAGAGAUUAGGAGGGAGGAGAAUUGAGUUUUGCAAGUAUUUGAGAGUUGAUUGUGGAGAAGAUGUAGUGAUUAUGAGGGAGGAGAGUGGGUAUGGCUGGUUUUUGCAAGGAAGACGACGCUUGUUGGUUGCAAUUGGAGAAGAGGAGAAGACUCUCGCGGAGAAGACGAUGCUUGCUGGGUUUAGCAAGGAAGACGUUCGCUGGGUUUAG